CUACAAUAUUGAUAAAAGAAGAUUAAGGAAGGUUUUAAAAGAUAGCAGGUCUCCAUUCGCCAACAUACUGUCAAGGAUUACGUACAUAUCUAUUACAGUGACGAAUUAAAUUAUUUUAAUUUAAUUAUGACAUUACAAGUUUAGAAUGACAUAGUUUUAGUACGAAAAUUAUUUUUAAUACUUUUAACGUAAACCCGAGUUUUGUACAUCGCUACGAUUAUCUUCUUUUACUCAACAAGCUUCGCAGGCAAUUUGCAGCUUGAUGACGUUUUCUAGUUAGUGAACAAUGCCCACACUGUUAACUGUAUUAAAAGGUCUCCCCUUAAUGAAAAAGUGGUUGGUGCUGAUUUUCUUCUUGCUUGCGGUUUGCAUAUCAGCCUAUUAUUACACCAUUCAAGUUGAACAGUCGAGAAAAUUGGCUUUUUACAACAGGCCUUUUGUAGUGAACAAGAAGGGUAAAGCGCGCACUGGGUAUGCAGUUCCAUUCAUAUGGAGACCUAUCAGUCCUUCUCCAUUCAAUGUCUUCUUCGUAGAGACCUCGUGCGCUUUUAAAUCUUCUGUUAAGCCAGGUUUUCUCCAUCUUUCAAAACGACAGGCAUGCGCGAUAUAUUCCACAGCCGUUCUUAAUCCUAGACACAGAAUAAUCAUUGUUCACACAUGCCCAUUGAUACAAGAUUAUUCGCAGAGAUGGGAAGAAGAUUGGCCAGAACUGCUCUCAUUGGGAAAUGUGGGCGUUGUAGAGGCCGAAAUUCCUUGGUUACUCUCAGAGACUCCCGUUGCAUCUCUGCUCAACGGCAGGCUAAAUCGUUCCGCAUAUCCAGUUGAACAUACUUCAGACUUGGUUCGAUUAGCAAUACUCUACAAAUAUGGUGGAACAUAUCUUGACACAGAUAUAAUAAGUAUUAGACCUCUAGAUGGUUUAGGACAAAAUUAUAUCGGCGCUCAAGAAAAUACGGUCCUAGCCAAUGGUAUUAUGAACUUCAGUCCGACAGAUGUGGGACAUCAAUUUAUUGAAGAAACUCUCUCCACAUUGAAGUUCUCCUACGAAGGAUCAGCGUGGUCUGCAAAUGGUCCUGAACUGAUCACAAACCAGUUGAGAAAAUUCUGCAAAUUAGACGAGAAGGAUACUUUUGACAAGAUGGGGAAACUUGAUUGUGGACUCACUGUACACCCACCAAAUACCUUCUACCCAAUACCAUAUUGGGAGUGGAAACAAUUUGUCGAUGAGACUUCUUGGCCCAGAAUCAGGGAUCAACUAAAUAAUACUUACAUCCUCCAUUUCUGGAACAAAUUAACUAAGGAUACUGUAAUCCAUGUCGGUUCUCAGCAACCAUAUGGCAUUGUCGCAGCUAAUUAUUGUUCUCCAAUCUACCAUAAAAGUGGAGAUGUGUUUUAACAUGUGAUAAAACUUAGCAUUAAUUUACCAAAUAUUGUAAACUAGUAUUUAUACUGUAUUUAAAAUGAGUAUUAUUUUAUAUAAAUAUGAUAGUGUAAGUGUACACAUUUUUACAAUGUAUAUGAGUAUACAGAUAUUUCUAAAAAUAUUUAUAUAUGUGCACUAAAACUUUAUUCUUGUAACUACUUUGUAAGAUUCCAUGCUGAAAUAAAAGUUUUUUAUAAUUUGUCU